CAACUCUCGAGGUAUCUAUUAUGCUACACCACACCUUAAAGCACUUAUCACUCGAAAUGGAGUGACGCUAUUGUCCUAAAACUUAGAUGAAAGUAAAGAGAAGAAGGAGGAGAUGAAAGGAACGCAACAGUGUGAGAAAGAAAAAGAUAUGAGAGAGGAAGUGAGGAUAGUUUGAGUGACAGAGAAAGAGAGAGAUUUCCUGGACAGUUACAGUAAUGCUUGAUAUUCUCUCACAUGGCUUUGUCUCCCAACUAACAACCAAUUAUAACAUUCGGAUGAAGUUAAGCAUCAUAUAAAUAUCCAGACAUUGCCUCUUCAGACUCAGUCUGAGAAAUAAGUCAAAGCAACGUUGUAUAAGAACAUAUAUAAUAUACUUCUCUCGCACGGACACACACAAAUAUCCAACACAAAACAGAGAUAAAGUCUGGAUAUAAAUAUUUAUAAAAACAUAUUUUUUAUCUUAAAAUAAACACAAAAUAUGGGUAUAUUUUUUUCACGAUUUAUUUUUUCCCAUUCAAACCGCGAAGAAUCGCGCAUUAUGAUGCUUGGAUUAGAUGCUGCAGGUAAAACGACAUUGUUAUACAAACUGAAACUGAAUGAAUACGUCAACACAAUUCCCACCAUGGGUUUCAAUGUGGAAACCGUAACAUUCAAAGGAUUGUCUUUCACUGUGUGGGAUGUUGGUGGCCAGGACAAAAUUAGAUCGCUAUGGAAACAUUAUUACCAAGACAUUUCAUGUUUGCUGUAUGUUGUUGAUAGUGCUGAUAAGAAUCGAAUGGCAGAAAGUCGUUAUGAAUUGAAUGCAGUUUUACGGCAGAAAGAAAUGGAAGAUGUACCCGUAAUAAUUUUAGCCAAUAAACAAGAUUUACCGAAUGCUUUGUCUGUAUCGGAGAUAACAGAUAAAUUAAACUUAAGUAAACUAGAUGACCGCCGAUGGCAUAUUCAGUCGACUUGUGCUACAACUGGUGAUGGUAUAUUUGAAGCUAUGGACAAAUUAAAAUCCAUGGUAAAGAAAUAUCACCGACACAAAUCAAGACAUUCUUGAAAAAAGAAGAGACUGACUCUGCUCUUAAGACUCAACCCUAUUGUUCUUUUAAUAAUAGUAAGAAGUCUUUUACAGAUAAAGUUCCCAGUUUUAAUUCUGGUCAACUGCCAUAAUUUCAAAGACAUCAACAGCUCUUUGAGAUGAUUCCAGUUUCAUGUGUUUUUGGAUGCAUACAGUUACUACAAGGUACCAGUGUGUUCUCAGACUCUUGAGACUAAUGCAACAUUUUCAAUGCCUUUUUAAUGAAGUUUAGUGAAGCUUUCAACUUGUUUGCUCAGUCUUGGCAUGACAGCAUUGCAAAAAAUUGUAUCUAAAAAUCGUUGCUGUUCCUUGACCAGGACCAGAAACAAUUUCCAGGUCCAAAAGUUCUUAGGAUUUGUCAAAUUUAUUACCAACUGAUUUCCUGACUAAUCUGUUUGUACAAUCAGCAUAAUAACUUUUAGAACAACUCAUCUCUCUCCCUUCCUCCCUCUCUCUCUCUCUCUCUCUCUCUCUCUCUCUCUCUCUCU